AUGACGUCGUCUCGAAAUGGCGGUUCACGCGAUCUCGCCGAUCGCCAUCUUCAUUUUCCGACGAUCGACACAAUGGAAGCAGCAAUGAGCCAUGCGAAUCUAAUAGCAUAUAUGAACGAGUUGAUCGGCGAAAUGCGGCAAUUGGUCGACAGUCCGAUGGAGUUUCGAAAUGCGCAGAUUUGCCUCUCAAAUGAGAUCACAAGAGUGUGGAGUAUGUUCCAGAAGACCGCCAUCGGUCAAAGCGAGACGAUCAAAAAGAAUUUGGCGAUUCCCAAUACGGCUCGCCAUGAUAGCAAUUCAAUGUGUACGCCGGCGAGCUACACGGACUCGUCAUCGCUCAUCAACUCGUUCAAGACGCCCAUCAAAUAUCGCGGUCGUGCCGGCGACGAUCAGCACGACGACGACGCGUCGCAAUCGCUCGUCGUCCUCCAAACCAAAGUCUAUAUUCCGGAGCCGCCGAGAGCGUUGAACGGACGACCCGUAAAAUGCAACUACAUUGGACGAAUAUUGGGACCAUCGGGUCAGACGGCGAAAAUGAUCGAGCGACAAUACGAGGUGACGCUGCUGAUACGCGGACGCGGUUCGGUGCGCGACGCGAAGCGCGAGCACGAGCUCAUCGGCAAGAAGGGAUUCGAGCAUCUCGCCGAGCCGCUUCACGUGUUGCUGAUGGCGAAACACAAAAGCCGACAAGCUUGCGAGGAGAUUCUCGACAGAGCCGCGCAGAAGGUCGAAAGCCUUCUGACGCCGGUGCACGACGAGCUCAAAAAGGACCAGCUGCUUCGUUUGGCGCUCAUCAACGGCACCUAUGUUCAGCGAACGCCUCAACCGUCGCCGGAAAAUGAGCAACGACAGCAACAGCAGGAGCAGCACGCACAAUUCAACGACUCGAUGUAUUAUCUUUGA